AAUGUGACUGAUUGGAUUAAGCAACACUGUGGUUGGGACAUCCCUUUACUUAAUCUUAAUGGACAAGAGGCAACUGAUGCAUUCAUUGCUUUUCAUCCAGGUACUGCUUGGCAACAUCUUGAUAAUCUCUUUACUGGUUAUUAUUUAGAAGAUUCUCAAGUUUAUGAGGUAUCAAGGGAUUAUAGAAAGCCUUGGCUUGACUUUGCUAUAGCUGGAUUGUGUAAGAAAAAGGGUCAUGGAGUUAUCUAUUUAUUUUGUUUUAUUGGGUUUUUGCUUUUCUUGACUUUCUAUGUUGUAAUUUUUAGUGAUAAUUUAUUGAUUCAUAUGCUUUUUGGAGAAUUGUUGGGGUUAACUUGGAUGCAAAUUUCUUACUUGGGUCAUGAUUCUGGUCAUUUCUUGAUAAUAACAAAUAAGGGGUUCAAUAAAAUGAUACAGAUUAUGUCAGAGAAACGUCUUUCUGGGAUUCACAUUACUUGGUGGAAAUGGACUCAUAAUGCUCAUUAUGUGGCUUGUAAUAGCUUGGAUUAUGAUCCUGAUCUUCAGAACUUGCCAGUUUUCACAGUAUCUUCAAGUUUGUUUGAGUCAUUGAAUUCUACCUUCUAUGGAAGAGCGUUAUCGUUUAAUUCCUUGGAAAAAAUCUUUGUGAGCUAUCAACAUUUUAUGUUUUAUCCAAUCUUUUGUGUUUCCUGGGUGAAUUUGUUUGUACAACUGUUGUUGUUGUUGUUCUCUAGAAGGAAAGUGCCUAAUGGACUUUUGAACAUAUUGGGAAAUGAAGAACAAACUUGA